AUGAGUUAUCUUCUCAAAGAGGACUCGAAGAUGUAUCCAGGCUCCUUUCAGUACAACAGCCACAGUGGAGACAGUCGAGGCCCCUAUGGCCACCUGCAGAACCCCAACUUUGGGCCAGGCCCAGCCUAUGCAUACUAUAUGGGAUACCAUCAAGUGACCAACUUGGAUGGCCAUAGGCAGUGGUUUGGGAGCUGGGGGUCUCCCUACACCCCUCCAAAGAUGGACUGGAUGUCCUCUGGUGAAGACCCCUCAGAUAAUGUGAGGAAGUCUUCGUCAAGCAAGACCCCCUACAGCUCCCCUGACCCCAACAGCCUGCCCCUUUCCAGCACUCCUGGAGAGUACUCUCCCAAGGAUGUGGAGCCCCACUCCUGCAGCAGAAAUGGCCCCCCCACCUAUGCUUGGAUGCAAAAAACCAUGGGAUAUACAGGGAAAACAAGGAAAGAGAAGUACCGGGUAGUUUAUACAGAUCAUCAGAGGCUGGAGCUGGAGAAGGAAUUUUACUUCGCUAGAUAUAUCUCCUCACCAAGACGAUUGGAACUGGCAUCCUCUUUGAACCUUUCAGAGAGACAGGUGAAGAUUUGGUUCCAGAACCGUAGAGCCAAAGAGAAGAAACAAAUGAAUAGGAGAUCCCUUCCUGCUGACAACAGCCAAGGCUCCUUAGCAUGGGAUUCAGGCCUGGCUGGCCCUGCUCAAGGGUUAGCCCUCAUAUGA